CAGUAAUCAUCUCCCAGUUCUCUGGCCCUUUGCAGAUCAACACCUGGCAGGACCUGUCUGGCCAUUCCACUCGGCACUGCCUAGCCAGAGCAGAUGUCUGCGGGCCAGAGGUUUGCCUUUGCACUAUGCCUUUUCGAAAUAAGCGUCCUGACUGCCGGGCCCACUCCUAGUUUUGUCCCAGACACAACACGAGAGAAUGACACGCCAUUCCCCGUAGACUGCAGAAUGAGCUCCUGGAGCCAGUGGUCGGAAUGUGACCCUUGCCUCAAGCAAAUGUUUCGCUCAAGGAGCAUCGAGGUCUUCGGACAAUUUAACGGGCAGAAGUGCGUAGACGCGGUGGGAGACAGACGGCAGUGCGAGCCCGCCGAGCCCUGCGCGGCCGAGGAGGAGGACUGCGGCGGCGGCGACUUCAGGUGCCGCACAGGCAGAUGCAUAAAGAAGCGGCUCCUCUGUAACGGUGACAAUGACUGCGGGGACUUCUCAGAUGAGGACGACUGUGAAAGUGAUCCCCGUCUCCCCUGCCGAGAGAAAGUGGUGGAAGAAUCGGAACUGGCGCGGAUGGCGGGCUACGGCAUCAACAUCUUAGGGAUGGAGCCACUAAGCACACCUUUUGACAAUGAGUACUACAAUGGACUCUGUGAUCGAGUUCGGGAUGGAAACACCUUGGUCUACUACCGCAGACCCUGGAACGUGGCUUCUCUGGCCUAUGAAACCAAAGCCGAUAAAAAUUUCAGAACUGAAUAUUACGAAGAACAGAUACAGUCAUUCAAAAAAAUUGUCCAAGAGAAGACAUCAAAUUUUAAAGCAGAUAUAGCUUUAAAACUCACACCUACUGAAGCAAUUGAAAAGUGUAAAAUUAACUCCUCCAUAGACUCCUCUAUAAAUGUUGAGAGUAAGCUUCAAUUUAAUUAUUCCAAAAAUGAAAUUUACCAACUAUUCUUGACACAUUCUUCUAAGAAGGAAAAAGUGUUUCUGCAUGUGAAAGGAGUAAUUCAUCUGGGAAGAUUUGUGAUGAGAAGUCGGGAUGUCAUGCUGAAAACCACUUUCUUGGAUGAUAUAAAAGCUCUGCCAUCUACCUAUGAAAAGGGGGAAUAUUUUGCAUUUUUGGAAACCUAUGGAACUCACUAUAGUAGCUCUGGGUCUCUAGGAGGGUACUAUGAAUUAAUAUAUGUUUUGGAUAAAGCAUCCAUGGAAGAGAAAGGUGUUGAACUAAGGGAUGUACAGAGAUGCCUCGGGUUUAAUCUGGAUUUUUCUCUGGAAGCUGGAGUUGAAAUCAGUGGAAAGUUUAAUAAAGAUGAUUGUUUAAAGAGGGGUGAGGGUGAAACUGUAAACAUCAGUAGUGAUGGCAUCAUUGAUGAUGUUAUUUCACUGAUAAGAGGAGGAACCCAAAAAUAUGCAUAUGAAUUGAAAGAGAAGCUUCUCAAAGGAGCCAAGACAAUUAAUAUAAGUGACUUUACAAAGUGGGCCACUUCCUUAAAUGAUGCUCCAGUGCUCCUAAAUCACAAACUAUCUCCUAUAUAUAAUCUGAUUCCAGUGCAAAUAAAAGAUGCACACCUAAAGAAACAAAAUUUGGAAAGUGCCAUUGAAGAUUACAUCAAUGAAUUCAGUGUGAGAAAAUGCGACCAGUGCAAAAAUGGAGGUACCAUAAUUCUGCUAGAGGGAGAAUGUCUGUGUUCCUGCCCAAUCGAAUUUACGGGCAUUGCCUGCGAAACCAGUAAACGAAAAAUUUCUAAAGGUUUACCAGUCAAACAAAAAAUAAAAAGAACAACAACUACAACAAAAUAAACAAAUAAACCUAUUGACUUCUCCGGGAUCAAACAAAAGUAAAAACCAGGACUUUACAAUUAAGGAUCCUACCCUUGAAGAUAGUUCUUGCUGCCAAAUGGAAAACAACAUGAACAUCCAACUGACCUCUGAAAUCUCUCUCCAACCCACAACGCUUUUUUUCCUCCUUAAACUCCUAUGAUGUUUCCAUUUUUUAUCCCUGAAUGAGCAGUCAGCAGUGAACUAUGAAGAUUACUUUCUCCCAUAGUUAAUGCCAGUCUCUGGCUAACAAACAAAAUUAAAAAGAUAGUGUUGGCUUUAAAAGUAAUUGCCAGAGUACUUUGUAUGAUUAAUAUGUUCCACCAGGUCCAUUAUCCAAGUCCAUGACAUGCAAUUUCAUUCUUGUGUAUGUCAUUGCUUCUUGUUGGGUCAUUCAUUAGUACCUGCAUCCAUUCACUGAGCAAAUACCUACUGAGUGCCAACCUCAUGCAGAGCAUGCUGCUCUUGUUAGUCUUAGCUCUCCAGUUUAAAUCUAUGUUUCCAAGGGAAGAAAGUAUUAUAUUUGUAACCAAAAACAAUUAGGUUAAAUCCUGCGAAAUGUCCCUAUCCAAACAUAUUUUACAAAAAAGGAAAGAGAAAGAAAGAAAGAAAGAAAGAAAGAAAGAAAGAAAGAAAGACAACAAACACACAAAAAACAAAUAACCAACAAUUUCAUAUGGUCCAGCUUAAUACUCAAUGAAUUGUAUGAGGUAAGGCUACCCACAUAAGAAAGUGAUCAAGAGAGCUGACUGUAUGAUUUUAUAUGUUAAGUAGUGUGGUACUUAAGGCUUCAAAGCUUUUGAAAAGGUCUGAGACUUCCCCUAAAAACAACCCUCAAAAUACAAAAGAAAAAAUGCAAAAUCAAAAUUAAUAAAUGUUUAAUAAACAUGAAUAA